AUGGUUUACACAACGCUGUCUCCUCCACUGGACCUGUCGCAUCAUUUCUCCUCGGUCACGAAGAGACGGGAAGCGAGCGAAACAAAGAGCCUGUAUAAGUAUUUCUUCAUCCCAGGCAUUGCCAACUUGGCUGGUGGCCUGCCAAAUGCGUCAUACUUCCCCUAUGAUACCCUCGAAGCUACCGUUGCCCAUCCUCAGCGUUUCCCCGCGACCUCCGACAAUGACCAGAUCAAGCCCCCCCGUGGCUCCCCUUCAACCGAGCGCAGGAUUGUCCCGAAAGAAAGCCCGACCACCAAUCUUCUAAAGAAAAUCGAUCUUACCACAGCCCUUCAGUAUGGAACAGCUGAAGGCCUCCCAGUUAUGGCCGAUUUCGUCCGCCAAUUUACCCGCAACCACCUUCAUCCGAAUGUCCCCUAUGCCGGCGGCCCUAACACCCUCCUCACGUGCGGUGCGACCGACGGAUUCUCCAAGGCCAUUGAAACCUUUACCAACCCCUGGGAUCCUCGUCGGGACUGGAUCAGCCAACGCGAGGGCAUACUCUGCGAGGAAUUCGUUUAUAUGAAUGCAAUCCAAACUGUGAAGCCGCGGGGCCUCAACAUCGUUCCGGUAGCCAUAGACGCGCAGGGCAUGCUUGCGCAUGGUAAGGGAGGGUUGGCCGACGUGCUCGAGAACUGGGAUUUUAGAAAGGGCCGUCUUCCGCACCUGAUGUACACAAUCACUAUCGGCCAAAACCCGACGGGCGGGACCUUGUCGGUCGAGCGCAGGCGGGAGAUCUAUGCUCUCUGUCGGCAAUUUGACAUCAUCAUCAUAGAAGACGAUCCGUACUGGAACUUGCAGUAUCCGUCUGCAACUGCUAUGGAGGCCGGAUUUCGAGGAUCAGAUGCCGUAGAUGUAAUCCCACGCAAUUACAACGCCCACGGCAGGUCCUCCGGGUACGAUUUCUUGGAUUCUUUGGUGCCGUCAUAUCUCUCUGUUGAUACAGACGGGCGCGUUGUGCGUCUCGACACCUUCUCGAAGACCAUAGCUCCUGGUUGUCGUUUAGGAUGGAUUACCGCCCAGCCGGCUGUAAUCGAACGACUGACUCGUCUCACCGAGACAUCAACUCAGCAGCCGUCGGGAUUCGUACAGGCCAUGGUGGCUGAACUAAUUGUGGGCCAGCAAUCCGAGGAUGGCCAGAAUGCCACAGACGCAAGUAAGAAUAAGCCUAAAAAGAGCGAACAAGCCUGGCAGAUGGACGGCUGGGUUCGCUGGCUGGAAGGUCUCCGUGCGGGAUACGAACAGCGCAUGCAGACAAUGUGUACCAUCCUCGAAGAGGGUAAGUAUCUCAUUGACUCCGAUAGUGCCUGGGACGAUGCACCACAACCUAUGGCGGACGAUGAGAAUGCUUGGGAGGUCCUGGAUAAGAUGCAGAUGUAUGAGUUCUCCUGGCCCACUGGUGGUAUGUUUGUGUGGGUCAAGGUCUGCAUUGAGACGCACCCCUUGCUGGAGAAGUAUGGCCCGGAGAGGCUGAUCCAAGCUUUGUGGCUGCAUUUGAUGCAAAAGCCGUAUUUGUGUCUCUCUGGUCCAGGGACCAUGUUUGCUCCUACACAGGAGCUUCUGGGUCGAGCACAGGGAUAUUACAGGUUAUGCUUUGCGGCGAUGCCAGCCGAGGAUGUGUUGGGCAUUACCCGGAGGUUGGUGGAUGGAUUCCGUGCAUUUUGGCAACGGAAGAAUCUUGAUGGCUUGGAUGAUGAGGAAGUUGCGCUUAAGAUAACCGUCAUCGUCCUGGCGCAAUGCGCGAUAAUCUUAAAACCCCGCGGCAUCAAGCCACCCAUCACCACCGCCGUCGCCGCCCCGGGCUGCCCAGCCUUUACCAAUUCCGCAAAGAUGGAUCCGGCGCUCGAAUCCCUACAGAAUACCGAUCUGGCAGAUGAAAUUGAAGCCAUCAAUGCCAUUUACGAACCGGACACCCUCACCAUCACGAACACCUCUACCUCUACCUCAACCGGGCCCUCAACUCUCGACCUAGGGGGACCCGGCUCUUUAGAAUCUUCUCCUCCUUCAAUAACAAUAAAGCUCCAACUCCCAGAACACCCCCACCUGUCUUUCCUCCUCGGCUUCGACUCAACAUAUCCCGACACCCCUCCCAAAAUCCUAGGAACAGCAUCCACGGCCUCACGCGGAGAAGGCAAGCUCGCCGUCGAUGUACUAGAGGACAUACUCAGCCGCACAUACCAACCGGGCGCGGUAUGUCUAUUCGACCUGAUCAAUGAAGCAGUUCAGGCGUUCACGGAGCUCAACAUCGGCGGUAGCGCUACAGCCACCACCAACAACCAUGACACAACCUCCCACACCCAACCAGCCUCCGAAGAAACAACCACCGAAAACGACAGCUAUCAGUCGCUAACCACAGGAUCAAAUACUCCCGACUACCAUAAAUUCAACCUCACCAGCCCACCACUAUGGAUUCUCUCCGAUGUCAUCACGGAAAAGAAAUCCGUCUUCGUUGGGCGCGCCGCCUACGUCACGAGUCUGGAUCAGGCAAAGGCGUUUCUGGAUCAUCUGCUCGCAACCGAAAAGAAGGUCGCAUCCGCGACGCAUAAUAUCAGUGCGUGGAGGAUUCGCGAGGUGAAAUCAUCUACUUCUACUGCUGGCGGUAGUGGUAAUAAGAAUGGUGAAGCUACGGAGAUGAUUGUGCAGGAUUGCGAUGAUGAUGGGGAAACGGCUGCUGGCGGUCGACUACUGCAUUUGAUGCAAUUGAUGGAUGUUUGGGAUGUGGUGGUUGUGGUGACGAGAUGGUAUGGGGGUGUGUUGUUGGGGCCAGAUCGGUUUCGCAUUAUCAAUGCCGCGGGGAGGGAUGCGUUGGUGAAGGGGGGUUUUGUGAAAGAAAAGACGUCUGGGGAGAAGGGGAAGAAGAAGGGAAAGAAAUGA